GAUCCCCGCUGGCCCCAACCCGGGGCACCAGAGAACAAAGUCCUGCGAUGGGAGUUGGUCUCUACGGGGGAUCGUCUGAGCCGAAGCGUCUCCACCUGCAGCGCCUGAACUGAAAACACCUGAACCCCCGCCCCCCUCCCCCCUCAUUUGGGCUGCCACGUUUUCUCACCGCGUCAGACGCUGCAUUCCCACGGUGCAUUGCUGUGCCUCCAUCGUCCACCAUGUCGGACGCCCCUGAGGCUGCGCCCGCCAGCCCCCCUCCCAUCACCAACCCGCCCCCCCCAGAGGUGUCCAACCCCAACAAACCUGGCAGGAAGACCAACCAGCUCCAGUACAUGCAGAACGUGGUGGUGAAGACGCUGUGGAAGCAUCAGUUCGCCUGGCCCUUCUACCAGCCGGUGGACGCCAUUAAGCUCUGUCUGUGGGACUACCAUAAGGUCAUCAAGAACCCCAUGGACAUGGGGACCAUCAAGAAACGCCUGGAGAACAACUAUUACUGGAGCGCCAGUGAGGCCAUGCAGGACUUUAACACCAUGUUUACCAACUGUUACAUCUACAACAAGCCUACAGACGACAUCGUGCUCAUGGCCCAGGCCCUGGAGAAGAUCUUCCUACAGAAGGUGGCCCAAAUGCCGCAGGAGGAGGUUGCUCUGCUGCCGCCGGCGCCCAAAGGGAAGAACAAGAGCAAACAGCCGGCCGCCACCACAGUGAGUCAGCAGGCGGAGUCCUCGGCCUCCCCUCCUGCCUCCUACCCCUCCCCAUCGCAGACGCCCAUCAUCUCCACCACUCCCACGCCUGUGCCUGCCACGCCCCCUGUGCCGGCCCCGCAACCCCCGGCAACCAUGAUGCCGUCUGCGCAGCCUGUCGUCAAGCAGAAGAAAGGCGUGAAGAGGAAAGCUGACACCACCACUCCCACCACGUCGGCCAUCUCUGCAGGACGCGCAGACUCGCCGUCCCCUCAGGACCCCAAACCGGCCAAACUGGCCUCAUCGCGGCGGGAGGCCGCCGCCCGCCCUGCCAAGACCCGCCGUGAGACGGUAGAGGAGGUGGCAGGAGGCGACCCUGCUGUGGGAGGGGUGGGGGCGGGAGCCAGGAAGGGCGGGAAGCUGGGCGAGCAGAUGAAGCACUGCGACGCCAUCCUGAAGGAGAUGCUGUCCAAGAAGCACGCCGCCUACGCCUGGCCCUUCUACAAGCCUGUGGACGCCGAGGCGCUGGAGCUGCACGACUACCAUGACAUCAUCAAACACCCCAUGGACCUCAGCACGGUCCGGAAAAAAAUGGACAAAGGAGAGUACAGCGACCCGCAGAGCUUCGCCACCGAUGUCAGGUUAAUGUUCUCCAACUGUUACAAGUACAACCCCCCAGACCACGAGGUGGUGGCCAUGGCCCGCAAACUGCAGGACGUGUUCGAGAUGCGUUUCGCUAAGAUCCCCGAUGAGGGCCUGGAGGUCUCCGUCCCUUCCACCACCCCGGUGGUCAGUAAAAGCACCGCCUCCUCCGACAGCAGCAACAACUCCUCCUCCGACGAAUCCUCCGACUCCGAGGAGGAGCGUGCCACGCGACUGGCCGAGCUACAGGAGCAGGUUGGUGCUGCCGACCAAUCACAGCUGAAGGCUGUGCACGAGCAGCUGGCCGUCCUGUCGCAGGCGCCCGUCAGCAAGCCAAAGAAGAAGAAAGAGAAGAAAGACAAAGAAAAGAAGAAGGACAAGGACAAAGGCAACAAAGCCAAGAUAGAAGAAGAGAAGAAGCCUAAGGCCGCUGCCCAGCAACCCAAACCAGCCAAUCAGAAGAAAGCACCAGCCAGGAAAGCCAACAGCACCGUCACAGCCACCAGGCAACCGAAGAAAGCCAACAAGACAUCGGGAGGCGGAUCGGCCAAUGGAGACGACGGCGAGGAGUCGUCUCUGCCCAUGUCGUACGAUGAGAAGCGGCAGCUGAGCCUGGACAUCAACCGUCUGCCGGGGGAGAAGUUGGGCCGGGUCGUCCACAUCAUCCAGUCCAGAGAACCGUCGCUGAGAGACUCCAACCCCGACGAGAUCGAGAUCGACUUCGAGACGCUCAAACCCUCCACGCUGCGGGAGCUGGAGCGCUACGUCAAAUCCUGUCUGCAGAAGAAGCAGAGGAAGUUACUGCAAAAAGCAGCUGGAGGCGGAGCCUCAGGAGGCGGGGCCAGUCGUUUGAGUGGCAGCUCCUCCUCUUCCUCUGAUGAUAGCUCCUCGACAGGAACCUCCUCUUCCUCCGACACAGACUGAUAACAAAGCUGCGGUUCAGGCUGUGAUGGAGGCGACAGACAGGACUGCUCUGACCCCCCCCCCAACCCCCCACCCCACACACACACCAAUCCCCCCCUCCCCCCCUCGACAUGGAGACUGUAUGUAAAUAGGCUGACAUGUUUUUUUAGCUAGUGUUUCUGUUUCAUCAUGAAGAAAAACAGACAUUCUGAGGAAGAGGAGGAGUUAGAAACCAGACUCCCUCCUCUUCCUCAUGUCCGGCCGGCAGUGACCCCUGACCUUUGAGCUCCUAACACAUUCCAGAACCAUCCCCAGAGCUUCAUGAGAGGACGCCAGCCAAAUGGGCGGGGCUGAUGAUCCCAGCUGUGGCAUGAUGGGGAAAAGGAGGAGCUCGGUGUCAAGAUGCUGCAGAGGGGCGAUCUGAUUGGCUGUGUGAUGUCACAGCCAAGGUCCGAACCACGCAUCAGAAAUCCGGAGGGAUCGCCUCUCUGCAACACGUUCCUCUGAGGCUCUGCAGAACAGAACCAGGAUCCAGUUUGUCUCCUGCCCUCUGCCGGGCCUUCAACCAGAACCCACCCCUUUCUGUCAGUCUCGGGUCACUGUUGCCAUGGUAACCCAGGCGGCAGCGAGACGAACCGUUUUCCUAACACUACAUUUCCUUUUUGCUCCUGUUUAAGUUUUGGGGUCGUGUGCUGAACUCGUUUGUGUCUUAUAAAGUUCUGGAUAUAACGAUGUAUUUGUACCGCUGUCCUGUCUGAACUCUGACCCAGAGACAACCCACCCACACCUGAUGGUACCGACCGGUGCGGCCCAGUCCCUCCGUCUGAUGGUACCGACCGGUCCGGCCCAGUCCCUCCGUCUGAUGAUACCGACCGGUCCGGCCCGGUCCCUCCGUUCAGAGACUACAGCUAAAAGACUGUUGGUGUCGUGACCCGUUUGGUUUCCUCACAUUUGGGCUCCAGCCUGAUGAGGUUUUCAGAACCAGAAGAAAGCAGAGGCGGUGGUCUGGUACCAGCAUGACCCGAUGCUGGUUCUGGUGGCAGCAGCAGAUCUGACCAAACGGACCCUGCAAGCGUCUGAUCUGUGGACCUGAUCAUCAGAAUAAUAAACGGCGCCACCCGCUGGACCCAAACGGAAUGGAUCAGGAAUAUCUGAGCAGCCAAUGAGGAGAGAGGUGGGCGGAGCCCCGAGCAGCCAAUGAGGAGAGAGGUGGGCGGAGCCCCGAGCAGCCAAUGAGGAGAGAGCUGGGCGGAGCCCCGGGCAGCCAAUGAGGAGAGAGCUGGGCGGAGCCCCGAGCAGCCAAUGAGGAGAGAACAGGGCGGAGCCCCGGGCAGCCAAUGAGGAGAGAGCUGGGCGGAGCCCCGGGCAGCCAAUGAGGAGAGAGCUGGGCGGAGCCCUGGGUUUUGCCUUUCAGGCUGCAGCCUGUCCUGUCUCCAUUAGUGGCAGUUUCUGAUUGGCUGAGCCAGAACUCUGUUCCUCCCCCCUGUGGCGCCCCCUGGAGGUCAUCUGUGUGCAGUCAGUUCAGUUCAACUCUUCGGUUUAAAGUAUUUUUAUCUUUCAUUUUUACUUUUUUUAAAUAUUGAACCAAAGUUCACAGCCUUCCUGGGCCUGUGGGGUUGUCAUGGAGACGGCCCCCAGACGGCUCAGCAGUGGUCUCCCCCAGGUGUGACAGACGGCUCGUUGCCACAGUAACCCUCCCCUUUGGUUUUAGUUGAUGGUGGAGCUUUGAUGCUGAUAGUUAAUUUUUGUAUUUUAUAAGAAAAGGAAGAAGUGAUUUUCUGUAUCUGCAUGCACUCCGGCCGUUCGUUCUUCUCCAUGUUUGAGCUGUAUAGUAGCUGUACGUAGCUGUGGUAGGCGGAGCUCCAGCGCCGGCGACCAACCCGCCACCAUCAGGUGGAUUAUUUGAUGGAUUGACUCAAACAGGAUCCUUAUUUUCUGACUUUGUUUGUUUUCAUAAAUAAACACAUAAACUGACCCACA